GGAUUUUGUCUAGAAUUUUCAAUCACUGAUUGAAAAGAGACAUGCGCGGCUGACAGCAAGUUAAGGCACAAGAGGCGCAGAAAGGAUUUGUGACCUUCCUUACGUAUUCAAACUUCGCGCCCUCAGGUAUCGAUUGGACACCAUCUAGUGGCUGACAGAAGAACUAACAACCACAGCUGUCAAAAUGGCUCUCAAGGAAUUAGUCGGAAAAAAGAUUAUGAAUGAGGUGAUACGAUCAAAAAGAAAAUCGGCAAACACAGACUGGCGUGUAUUGGUGGUUGAUCAGCUGGCCAUGCGCAUGGUGUCAACAUGCCUUAAAAUGCAUGAAAUCUCUGCUGAAGGCAUCACAAUUGUGGAGGACAUCAACAAGAGCAGAGAGCCAUUGCCAGCAUUGGAAGCAAUCUACCUCAUCCAGCCCACCAAACUUUCUAUAAGCAGCCUCGAGCAAGAUUUCAUCACGGCAAACAAAGCCAAAUAUAAAACCUGUCAUGUCUAUUUCACUGAAACGUGUCCGAAUGAGUUGUUUAAUGAGCUGUGUAAGCAACAUGUUGCUAAGUACAUCAAGACACUUAAGGAAAUCAACAUUGCCUUUUUGCCAUAUGAAUGCCAGGUGUUUUCUUUGGACUUUCCCAAGGCUUUUCCUUCAUACUACAGUCCUUCACAAGCUCAAAAUCGGCAGAGCACUCUAGAACGUAUGGCUGAACAGAUAGCAACGGUGUGUGCCACGCUUGGCGAGUAUCCUGGUGUCAGGUACCGUGGGGACUUUGAGCGAAAUGUAGAACUUGCUCAGCUGGUGCAACAGAAGUUAGAUGGCUACAAGGCAGAUGAGCCCUCAAUGGGAGAAGGGCCUGAAAAGGCACGUUCCCAGCUUCUUAUCCUGGAUCGUGGAUUUGACUGUAUCUCUCCAUUGCUACAUGAGCUCACUUUACAGGCAAUGGCUUAUGACCUUCUGGACAUUGAAAAUGAUGUGUACAAGUAUGAGGCAACUCAGGGUGAGAGUGAGAAGGAGGUCCUCUUGGACGAAAAUGAUGAUUUGUGGAUGGAGUUACGCCACCAACAUAUUGCUGUUGUGUCACAGAAUAUUACAAAGAAGACAAAAGAAUUUAUGGCCACAAAGCGCAACAUGGGUUCAGACAAAGCUUCAAUGAAAGACCUAUCACAGAUGAUUAAGAAGAUGCCACAGCAUCAGAAGGAACUUUCCAAAUAUGCAACACAUAUACAUCUUGCUGAAAGUUGCAUGAAGAAAUACCAGGGAUACACAGACAAGUUGUGCAAAGUUGAGCAGGAUUUGGCCAUGGGCACUGAUGCUGAAGGUGAAAAGAUCAAAGACCACAUGAAGAACAUUGUCCCUAUAUUGUUGGACCAGGCAGUAGAGAACCAAGACAAACUACGUGUCAUUUUACUCUACAUCUUGGCCAAGAAUGGUGUCUCAAAUGAAAAUCUAGAAAAGUUACUUCAGCAUGCUCAGAUUCCUGUUGCAGAGAAAGACACAAUCAACAAUAUGGCACAUUUGGGAAUUAGUGUUAUUGUUGAUGGUGGAAAUCGUGGCCGCAGGCCUUAUCAGGUGGCCCGUAAGGAGCGCAUCACAGAACAGACUUACCAGAUGUCACGAUGGACACCUGUGAUCAAAGAUAUAAUGGAAGACAUUAUUGAAAAUAAGCUUGAAGAACGGCACUUCCCCUUCCUUGCUGGGCGAUCUUCUGCCAUACCCAGAACUGCUGCACCUUCCAGUGUGAGAUACAACUGGCACAAAGACAAGAGUGCAACUGCUGUCAAGAAUAUGCCACGACUCCUAAUAUUUGUUGUUGGUGGUAUUACUUACUCUGAGAUGCGUGCUGCAUUUGAAGUUACCAAGUCUGGCAAGAACUGGGAGGUCAUCAUUGGGUCAACUCACAUCUUGACGCCAAAGGAAUUCUUAAGUGAUCUUCGUAAUCUCAGCUGAAGCACGUGACCCCCCCAUGACCCAGCCUCUCCUUCCUCCUCCAAAUCCUCCUCCUCUGAAUCCCUUUCCUCCAGAAAAUCUCCACCCCCUCCCCCUCCACCAUCCCCAUGUUCACCCCGCUCCCCACCCUCCACCGCCACCCCCACUCCAGAUCCUUCUCCCCUCUCUCCGUCAAUUCCCAUCAUUGAUCUCAUGCUUGCUCUCCUUCCUGUCUGACGCAAAGCUUAUGCGGCACGAAAAAAAAUAUUCCACGUUAAGGAACUUUUAUUUGACUUCAGUAAAAUAAUUUUCUGACUUGAAACUUUGGCAAAGAAAUUUUACUGAGGACUAUGUGAGUUCUUUUAAAUGGCAGAAAACAAAAUAUGAAGGAUUGUUAUCUUUAUAUACCCUCACCCACAAAAUUAACAGGUUAGUAAUUAAGUAGCAUUCUGAGGCACUAUUUGUUUCUGAAGUGGUUGAUUCUGGAGUAGAUGUAGAUAUUUUUUUUUUGUAAUAGACUCUAAUGAUUGAAAACUUUAAUUAAAAUACUUUUAUUGGGUGAAAAUUUUGUGUAAUUUUGCAUUGGAAUAAGUAGUUUUUAUAUACAUUAUACUGUAUGUAUUGUUACUGUAAUUAUUAUCUUUAUGUAAUCUGUUGCCCCCUUUAGAUUUAUUUCCAUUUACCUCAGAUUAACAAACAAAAUAUCGUGCCCCAUGUUCUUUGCGUAUUACUGUUUAAUUUUCUGUAUUUUAAGCAUUUAGAUAUUUCAGAUGCUAGAGAUUAGUGCUAGUUGCAUCCCUCUUAUCCAUGCAUCCUUCAUGUGUCACAGUCAGCUAGUAUGAGCUCUAGGUAAUACUUCUUUGGGGCUUUUGUAAGUGGCCACAUCACACACAAAUGGAGCCAUACUGAAGUGACGCCAGAGGUUCAAUCUGCUUAUGUGGCAUACUUUGGCUGUAGUGCAUCGCUAACUCAGCAGUUUGCAAGACAUAAUUUCUCCAUGUUUUGAAAGUAUAAAAGUUUGCUGGGGUAGUCUACCUACAAACUUUCUAAAGGACUUGUUGUAUUUAUUAACCUCCAAACUUCAGAAAAUUUCACUUUAGAGUUAUUCAAAUUUUACCAUGAAAAUUUGAAGUUUAUGACCAUUUGGUGAAACUUGAUUUCAUCCCUCUUAUUUUGAUAGCAUUAUUUAGCGAUGCACCAAUAGCAGGCAUCAUUCAUAUGUGUGGUGGCAGGUUGGAGCUGCAAAAAAAAAAAUGUUAUGUAAUGAGCCAUUCUGAGCCCUCAACACUUUUCAAAGGGCUUACAAUUUUACCUGUUACCUGGAAAGGCCCAGAGAUAGAAAUCGAGCUCAAAAUCACUCAUUGCAUCACAAAUGAGAGGAUCUAUCUGUGACCUAGUUUAUCUUGGUGUGUGCUGGGUCAUGGUUAAUUGCCUAACAGGGUCGUUAGGCUUUUCAUAUGCAAUCUUUAAAACUUUCUCACCAACCGUAUUAGCCUGGGCUUACUCCCUCUUUAUCAGAAGUCAUGCAUGGUCCUCAGCUCAUUUAUCUUGUUUUAUGAUCAGAAACUAGUGUUGCUCACCCAUCAUCAUAUGACUUUCUGACAGAACACAUGACUGGGUGCUCUUUUUUAUAUUGACACUUAAUUUUGAACAUCAGUAUUGUACGUGCAUGACGCCUCAUAAUUGAAUAUUAUAAAAACAAAGAAAAAGAUUGCAAAGAUGUAGAGAAAAGAAUACAUAUAUAUAUAAUAUAUAUAUAUAUAUAUAUAUAUAUAUAUAUAUAUAUAUAUAUAUAUAUAUAUAUAUAUAUAUAUAUAUAUAUAUAUAUAUAUAUAUAUAUAUAUAUAUAUAUAUAUAUAUAUAUAUAUAUAUAUAUAUAUAUAUAUAUAUAUGUAUAUAUAUAUAUAUUCUUAGAUGCUUAUACAUGAAAAAUAUUCACAUGUAAUUAACAGUAAAUUUAUAUAUAUAUUAAUUUUUUAUGAUAAUACAUAUCCUACAGUUAUAAGCCAGAUUUUGUACCAUCAUGACCCAACUUGACGUGACGGACUCUAUUUAACUUCAUGUCGAUGUCAUCAGCUUAAACACUUAUCUCUUGAAAGUACAGUAUCUUCUUCUCUAGCCUCCGCACUUUUCCCUCAUUGAUUCCAAUUUGUGCCCGUGGCGGUUGGUAUUUUUUUAGUCGUUGAUCUUCAUAUCGUUGGUGUAGUCAAGUAGGCUAGUUUGUUGACUUUGAAGACCAAGCUUAUGAUUAUUAUAAUAAGAGUAGUAGCCAUUACCUGUACUGUAGACAGGUUAUGGUAGAUAUUUUAUAGACUGAAGUUGGGGUGAAUCAUUGGAUAUGUAAAUUCUGGUUAACUAUAAUUUUAUACAAGGGUUUUCACUGAAUACAGUUGUUAAAUUGGAAGUUAUUGUUUUUCAUGUCUUAAAGUAAAAGAUAUAUUUGAACAAUGAAUAGUACAGGUCAAAGAAAGUAAUCUUUGCAUUUAUUAAAUAUAUGAUUCAAUUUUUUCACUUAAAUCUUUGUGGUAGAAGAUUAAAAAACAAUUAGUAGAGAAUUUUCAGGUACAGUAUGUAAACAUUGGACUCUCAUAAUGAUCAAGGUUUUAUUGAUUAAUGUAGAAUUGCUGCAGUGUUUGUAUUAACAGUUCUCUCUGUAUUUACAUAUAGGAUAAUUCAGAAAUUCGUUUAGAAGUUGUUUCUCCUACGGCAUCUUGAAAAAUAAGUUGUGAUCGUUGACAUAAUAUAUAUCAAAACAUUCCAGUUGUUACUUAGAUUCACCUGAUUAUGCCCAAACAUCUCAUGUGAAUCUGAUCAGUAGGGAAACUCUAUUUCAGUGAUCUAGUUUAUGUAUAUUGAAAUGUAUUAUUGAUAAACUUAGGUUUAAGGUGAUGCACCUAAGCAAGAGCGGCAGCCAGCGGUGUCAACCUAUUGUGUUUACAUUUAAGUUUUUGGUUGUACUUAAUUGUUUUGUAAGUUGGUCAUAUAAGACAUUAGCUUUACAAUAGUGGCAUCUUGCUGGCAAAACGCUUAUAUUAUGCAAUGAAUAUUUACAUGGUUUUAAAGUAUAAUUUAUCAGUUAUGUAGUGUUAAUGCUGGAAGCAAUAACUGUAGUUUUGCUGCUUUUAUGGCAAGUAGCAGUUUUGAACUCCUGAGUAUGACACAGGUUUAGAAAACACAAAAGUUGUGCCAUUUGUGAGUAUGUGGGUUGGGAAGAGGAAGUUGGGAGAAAGACUAGUGUAAAAUGUUGUAACAGAGUAUAAGUUUGUUUUUGCAGUGCUAUACACCCUAGUGAGUUUUGAUUAUUGAUAUGGGAAAUUUUCAGGUAGUGACUUGGGAACUUACUCUCCAAGUGCUUAUCUGGCAAGAUCCUGAGCUAGUUUGCUGCAAACUUUAACGAUAGACAGCUGGUUAGGAGGGACUUGGUUAAUAAACAGUUAAUCACAAACUUGAAUUCUGAAGCCUGAUAAAAUAUCUUUAAUGAGGAUAAAUGCUGGGACAAAGACUUGUUAUAAUCUUGUAGUAGGAUGCACUGAUUUAUGAUGACACUGAAAUUGCAGAUACAGAAAACCUGGUAAUAGGUAGUGCUUGCAUUUUAUGCUUUGUGAUUAUUGAGGGUUUUGUUGAAAAGACACAUUUAAUUGUUUUAUGUUAUUAAAAAUAUGAUCUCAAUGAAAUCUGGUGUAACUGUUAAUAGCUGUGGUUGUGUCCAUGUUUUUCUAGUCAAAAGUCAGUCUUUAGAAAAGUUAAUAUUUUUAGGAGAGGCAACACAGAUUGAUCCAUUAUAAACAUGAACGAAGCAAGUUAGCAUACACCAGAAUCUGUUGAGAACAUUGAUCAUGGUUAGCCAGCAGUAAAUGUUGAUUUGCCUGAAGGGAGAUGCAGGUUGCAAGCACUUAAAAGUUAUAUGAUGCCUAUAUUAUAUUGAUGGAGGCAAUCCCGGGCUACCACCAACGUUUGGGCUUUAUUUGGCCUCUGCCUUAUUGUUGGACUGGUUGCCUCAUUACCAGAAACAUGAGUUUCUAUUUGACACUUACAGAUUGGUUAAUAUUGAUCAACUCUUUAGUAAGGCUUCAGUAUUUAAGUCAUGGCAUAACUGCCCAUAUAUGGCUGGCAGUGAAUGUACUUAACACAUAUGUUAUAAUGUUUAGUAGUCAUGAUUCCCACCACCUUGGUGUGUUGCACCGUGUUGCUGCCACAUAGAUGGCCCACAUUACUCAACAACGUCUAAGGGGAUGUUAUUUACGUCACACCCCAUGUGUUAUGCAUUUCUGUAGAUUUUUUGUUUCCUUUAAAAUAUCUAGAAAUAUGUAUGGACAUUUGUUAAAGUGGUAAUUGAAAGAAACUGACUCAGUAUUUUUUAACUGUGGUUUUUAUCCACUCAGACUUGAGAAGGGGAGACUAUUACAAGGGCAUAAUUUAAAUCAUAUUCAACGAAUUUUCCCUUCAAGGUAAAACCUGGAAAAGACUGAUUUUGGUUUUUUAUUUUUAUUAGCUGUAUAUAAUGGUUUAUAGAAUUGUUGUUUAUUUCAGUGUUGGUUGAAAAGAUUGGUUGUACAGUAUAUACAUAUAGUGUAAGGCUUAUUUAGACUAAACUGUCCUUCAGUUUUGACAGGGUUACCAAGCUCAUAUUUCCAAAGUUUCCUGUCUGGUUUGACUCCUAAGUUUUAAGCUGUUUUACUAAGAGCUAUAUGCCUGACAACUGGAAGCACAGUUUUCUAAAUUAUAAAAAGUGUGAUAAAUCAUGUAAUGAUUUGUAGUAAUGUAAACACACUAAAGUACUUCAAAGGAUUAGAAAUGCUGUCACAAAAUUUUAUCUUAACUGCUGCCUCAGGUAGGAUAUGAGGCAUUUAUACUUUAUUACAAGGACAUUGGACAGCAGUUUGUUGAGCAGGCAUAUGGCUGGUGCAUCCUAGACAUUCCCACAGUUCUCCAGCUCCAUACUCUGUGUUGUCUUGUCCUGUUGGCUAUCAUGCCUAAACUUACCAAUAUAUAUGUCAUUAGUCAUCA